AUGGCUGCUUAUAGGCCAGCCACGCUGACCUUUUUUGUGAGGUCCCUGCAGUUUGGUAUGUUCCCUCCAACCUCAAAGCCUUUGCACAAGCUGUUUGGGAAGUCCCCGCCCCUCAGGCCACAGGUGGCUCUUCAGGACCCCUUCCUGUCCCAGAUUAGAUCCCACCCUGCCCGCCCCCGUGUCAUCGGAGCGCCAGAGAUAGUAACACAUUAUGCCUCCCCCCACCCCACCCCCAAGGUCUGCAGAAAGGGGCGGGGCCGGGGAGGAGCGGGGCAGGUCGGGAACCAGGAGAAAGGCCCCUGCGGCUGGAGCCAGCCAGGUAAAGGGAAACGAGGAAAAGGCCCAGACAGAUCUCAGGAGAAGAAACCGAAGAAGCCGGAAGUGGACAUCCUCAGCCCUGCCGCCAUGCUGAACCUCUACUACAUCGCCCACAACGUUGCUGACUGCCUGCACCUGCGGGGCUUCCCCUGGCCCGGAGCUCCCAAAUCAAAGAAGGGGAAAAACAAGCCUUAAUGGCGUCUCACGGAGAGCGGGGAAGAGAAAUCAGAAUAACACAACUACUGCAAGCAAAAUAGACUUUGCCGAAGACAGCCCGAGACGCAAGCUAAGUGUGCUUUUCUGUGCUCGUUAGUGACAGAUAAAUGCAUUUUACUUCCCAGCUCAAUUCAGCUAUAGUGAGCCAACUUGGUUUUUCAGAAGUUGUUAAGGGGGGAAAAAAGAGUCUGAGUAGUUCCUACUCAGGAAGUUCCUACGUGAUGGAAUGGAUAGGAUUUUUUUAAUUAUUAUAAUUCUGGGUCCGAAUUAAACCUCAUUCUCCAAAGGCA